GUCCUUCCCGUGGUGCUUAGCGAACCCAAAUUGAAUGCUCGGCAAAAGAAAACAUUUGUAUUUUGUAUGUUUUCUUUUUAAGCGUAAAAAGCAUAAAACGAGAUAAUUCCAUCGAAAUUGGCGCCUCCAAGAAAACGUAUUUAACAGUGCGUGAAGGGGAAGGGCUUAUCGGGGGAAGGCAUCAUGGAUCAGGACUAUGAGUGCAGGUUGCUCAGACAGAUCAAUAUCCAAAAUGAGAAUGCAAGCCCCAUAAAAGCUGUAGGAGUGGUGCGAUCUCUGACACCUACCAGCUCCCCACUGUCCUCCCCUAGCAAGCAUGGUGAUCGCUUCAUUCCCUCCCGGGCUGGAGCCAACUGGAGUGUCAACUUCCACCGCAUUAAUGAAAUAGAAAAAUCCCACAAUCAAAACAGGAAAACCAAAGAUGGCACCACCGACAGCAACAAAGCUGAUGGCCUGGCUUACUCAGCUCUGCUGAAGAACGAGCUGCUAGGAGCAGGCAUUGAGAAGGUCCAGGACCCCCAGUCAGAAGAUCGUCGUUUGCAGCCAUCUACCCCUGCCAAGAGGAGCCUUUUUAGUUAUUCUGUGAGCACUAAGAGGGCUCUGCCAGAGGAGGAUGGAAACACAGUUUCACCAUAUUCUCUGUCACCUGUCAGUAGCAACAGCCAGAAACUGCUACGGUCUCCUAGAAAACCUACACGCAAGAUUUCCAAAAUUCCUUUCAAAGUUCUGGAUGCUCCAGAACUUCAGGACGACUUCUACCUCAACCUAGUGGACUGGUCCUCUCUGAAUGUGCUCAGUGUUGGACUGGGCACCUGUGUAUACCUGUGGAGUGCCUGUACCAGCCAGGUGACACGUCUUUGUGACCUUUCUGUAGAGGGAGACUCUGUGACCUCAGUGGGCUGGUCAGAGAGGGGUAACCUGGUAGCAGUAGGAACUCAUAAAGGCUAUGUACAGAUCUGGGAUGCUGCAGCAGGGAAGAAGCUCUCUGUACUAGAAGGACACACGGCCAGAGUGGGUGCUUUGGCGUGGAAUGCGGACCAGCUGUCGUCUGGAAGCCGUGAUCGGGUGAUCCUGCAGCGGGACAUCAGAGCCCCGCCUCUCCAGUCAGAGCGCCGUCUCCAAGGACACCGACAGGAAGUCUGUGGGCUCAAGUGGAGCACAGACCACCAGCUGCUAGCCUCAGGUGGAAAUGAUAACAAGUUACUUGUGUGGAACCACUCGAGCGUCCUGCCAGUGCAGCAGUACACAGAGCACUUGGCGGCAGUGAAGGCCAUCGCCUGGUCUCCUCACCAGCACGGCCUGCUGGCGUCUGGAGGCGGCACCGCUGACCGCUGCAUCCGCUUCUGGAACACUCUGACCGGCCAGCCCCUGCAGUGCACCGACACCGGUUCUCAGGUCUGCAACCUGGCCUGGUCCAAACACACCAACGAACUGGUCAGCACACAUGGUUAUUCCCAGAACCAGAUCCUGGUGUGGAAGUAUCCCUCUUUAACCCAAGUGGCCAAACUUACAGGACAUUCCUACAGGGUACUUUACCUGGCCAUGUCACCUGACGGAGAGGCCAUUGUGACGGGGGCUGGAGAUGAAACACUUAGGUUUUGGAACGUCUUUAGUAAGAUGAGAUCUACAAAGGAAUCGGUCUCAGUGCUGAAUCUCUUCACCAGGAUCCGAUAGUCUGUUCUACAAGGGAAAAAAGAACAUACCUUUGCAUGUGUCAAGUUGUAAAUGGGCCCGUUGAAUUUUCAUCUCGGUAGUCUGCAGAGGGUCCCCUCAAUCGCCCUUAGUUUAUUUAGCCAAGUUGUAGCUGACGGUGGGAGGAGGUGGAGAGAAGAACAGCCUGACUGUCAAGGGCAGAGGACAUAAGUACAGUACAUACAGUAUUCCACUUCCUCCUGAUUGGUGGAGCCGAUGCCUCCAGUGAUCCCCGAUGACGAGGAGAAUUUUGGGACCGUUCUCUCCCCGUGUGAUUAUGUUUGUUUACAAGCUGACAUUGUGCAAAACUGCCAAAUUUUGAGUUUGUCCUUUUGAUUGUGUAUUUAUUUUGUUUUGUUUUUUUGUUUGUUUGUUUUUCUUUUUACAUUUAAAAAAAAACAUAAUUCUUACUAGUGUUUUUGUUUCAAAGGCUGGUAGAUUUACUUUUAUGUGUGUAACUGCAGUUUUUGGUCUGAUCUGUGGAGCAAGUUUGGCUUUUUUCAUGUUUUCAGAAAAAUCCAAGCUUGCGUUUUUGCAUUUUCCCGACAGGCAAUAAUGUUUCACUUACACUGAUAAUUACAUAAUCAGGACUGGAUGAGAGGGUCUGAUCUCCUUUUUUAAAUCUGAGUUUAUUUUUAGUCUGAUAAUAUUACGCAGGACUGACAAACAUUGUUUCAUAAUCUCUCGAGAAAAGUCCUGUAAGCACAUCUUAAAAGAAAGUUUCUAUUUGGAAACAUUGUACAUUAGAGCAUUAAGUUACUAAAAGAAAAUUACAACAUUUUAAUGUGACGUGUGUGGAAAUCUUUCACUUGUCUUGUUUUCCUUCUUUCUUAAUUGGAAAAUAAGGCAAGGGAAAUUAAAUGGAAACCGCUUUGGCCUAUCAGUGUCAUUUGUAACCGCAACUAAAGCACACAGUAAAAACACUUGGGAUUAAACCAGGCAGUGAAUCGACGUUCUGUGGAGAACUUCUGCUUUGUGUUAUGUCUGCUAAGAUAGUCAAGCUCGGGGCACUUGUCUUUUACUACUUCAGACCAUUUCUGUGUUGAGCAGUCAUGCUCAUGUCCUGUUUUGUUUUUUAAUCUGGGAUAAAAAAAAUAAUAGAUCAUCUGCCACAUUUUCUCCCAUUCUCUUUGUUUGAAUGUUUGAGUUAACUUAGUGUGCUACAUUUAAAUGAAUGCUAUUUAUUUGUCUUGUGAAAGUUUAUCGUACAGAGAUAGCAUGUUUGCUUACUGAUGUUACCUGAGGGAAACUGAUGGGCGGUUCACUGCUAAACUCUGGAAAUUUCUUUUAAUGCCACUUCAAGACAAUGCUGCCAACUAUAAUUACAGAACGAAUGUUUAAACAAAAAAAGGAAAAUAUUUCUGUACUAAGAGAUAAUCAGCAAUUAAAUGAUCAUAUCUUGUAA